AGACAAGCUAAAAUCACAUUUUAUCUAUCACAGCAAUGAGGUCUCGAACAUAAAACCCGCCGAAUCCAGACAACUCCAAAAAGAGCCACCUUGUGACAAUGCCUCGCCAUCACCAUCUCCGCCGGCACCCCACUGCACAAGAACCAUCCACCGACUUCCCUCAUCCACGCCCAUCCAGAGCACAACUAGGCCAACAUGCACCAGCUCAGACUCAAUUUCACACACCACCAUCGCAGGGUAUUCCUCAACUCCAUCCGUCAUCGGGUCCCAUUGAUUCGGUCGCACCAGCCCACCCAGCUACAGCUGCCCAAGCAGCCCUAUUCUCCCUCUUUGGCCGAGGAGUUUCGGGACGGCCGCGGACGCAGAUGAUGGAGGAUGACGACGAAGAAGAAGGAGAAGACAGCCAAUUUGAGGAUGAGGACGAUCACGAUGAAUUCGGCUCUCAAGAAAAUGCAGAACAUGAAGCCCAACUCUCCGAAGAAGACAUGGACGGCAUGGUUGAGGAUGAGCUAGAAGUAAUAGAUGAGGAUGAAGACGAGAUGAUGCACGAUCGAGCAAGAUCCCCGUCCCCCCUCCCAAGCAAUCUCCGCGAAAUCUCCUCCCUAGCCUCAUGGACCGUUUCAACUCACAAGCCCGGCUGCGGCAUCUCAGCCCUCCGACACCCAUCAUCAACACAGUACUGGCAAUCCGACGGCCCCCAGCCCCACACCCUCACAUUACACUUCUUUAAGCUCGUCGCGGUGGUCAAAAUCCGCGUAUACCUCGACUUCGACCUAGACGAGAGCUACACCCCCACAAAGAUGGUCUUUCUAGCCGGCAUGGGUGGCAACGAUCUCGUCGAGUUCGCGACCUGGGAAGAAGAAGGGCCGUGCGGGUGGGUUGACAUUCCUUUGGAAGGAGUGGGCGGUCGGAGUGGCGGGUGGGUGCGAAAGAAGCGACGAAACCGCGCGCGUAAAGGAGGGAAAGGGAAAUCUGUGUGGCCGGACUACAUGUUCUCUGACACGGAGAAUCCGGCGGAUUUCGACCUAGUUGCGUAUGAAGAUGACGAUGACGAGACUGCCAACGAAGACGACGAGGAUGAUCCGUACGCGGGGAGUGUUCUUAAGGCGAUGGUGAUCCAGAUGCGUGUGAUGGAGAAUCAUCAGAAUGGUAAGGAUACGCAUGUGCGUGGAUUCCAGGUCUUCGCGCGUGAUGACGACCGGAGGCGCAUUGGCAAUGCUCCGUCUGCUUCUGCUGAUGGGAGGAUUCGAAGGCAUAGUAUGCGGAAGUCACUUCGCGGUGCGGCGGAUGAGGGGUUGGAUGGGCGCGGUAUUCAUGGAAAUGCGGACAAGGAGACGGUUGCUGCUUUAGAGGAGCCGGACUGGAUGGGGGAGCCUGUGAUUCGAUAGAAGAUGCAUCAUUCUUAUUGCUGUUGGAUUUUCCAUGUCUUGGUGUUUCACGGGCGGUGGUUUCCUAUAUCAGUGUGGAUUAUGGACAGGGGAAAGGUUGGUUCAUUGGUUGCCUCGAGGCUAUGUUGAUAUUCGGAGUUAUGGCUGUAUAGAUACCCAUCUUUCAUUAUAUCAGUUCCAUUAUGUAUUGAAGGAAAUUGAAACACGGCAUUUUCAC